GUUUCUCCAAAUCUGAAAAAGGAUUAAGUCAGAGGGACAGCAAAGAGAAGAGCGCAGCGCAGAGUCCCGGAGAGGAGGAGCGCUAAACAAGACUGGUCAUUUAGUAGGAAUCUGCACUAAACUUACGAAUAGAAAUAUUGAAAAAAAAAAUUUAAGAGAAAACAAAGACAGUGCAUUUCUGUUUCUCACAACUGACGGAGCAGCCCGUUUUAUCUUCAGUCACUUCGGAUACGCACAGAUGGCCGCACUCAUCAGCUCCUACUCGUCCUGGCCGGACACUUUCGAGGGCUCCUCCGGAGACGGUGACCUCUCCGACGGCCUCCCUUCUCACAGAUCCUCGGGGGAGAAGGUAUCAGAACCCCGCAUCAGGCGUCCCAUGAAUGCUUUCAUGGUUUGGGCCAAAGACGAGAGGAAGAGGCUAGCAGUGCAAAAUCCGGACCUGCACAACGCGGAGCUCAGCAAGAUGUUGGGCAAGUCCUGGAAGGCCCUGACUCCCACCCAAAAGCGUCCCUACGUGGAGGAAGCCGAGAGGCUCAGGGUCCAGCACAUGCAGGAUUACCCUAACUACAAGUACCGACCUCGCCGUAAGAAGCAGCUCAAGCGAAUCUGCAAGCGCGUGGACCCCGGCUUCCUCCUCAGCAGUCUGUCUCCCGACCAGAACGUCAUGCCAGAUAACCGCAGCUGCAGCCGACCGGGACUAGAGAAGGACGAUGACACUGGCUACUCUUCCAGCCCGGGGCUCCCGACGAUAAGAAGUUUUCGGGAGACUCCGGCCUCCACGGGAAGCUUUGACAUUUACCCCUAUGGGCUACCCACCCCACCAGAGAUGUCUCCCUUGGAUGCCAUUGAUCACGACCAGUCCUAUUACUCCACUUCUUGCCCAGAAGAAGCCCAGCCACUUGUCAUUGGACGCCCCUACCAUCCGGAGUAUUCUCAAAGUCCUCUUCACUGUGGCAGCCAUCUUGGCCCAAUCUCAAUGUCUCAGCCAGGUUCUACCAUGAUACCAACUUCCACCGGCUGUCCAAUGCCACUUUCUUACUAUGGCCCACCAUUCCACUCCAUGCCGCCCAACCUCCAUGCCCACUUGGGCCAGUUGUCUCCUCCGCCAGAACACCAGAACCUGGAGACCUUGGAUCACCUCAGCCAAGCCGAACUGUUAGGUGAGGUGGACCGCAAUGAGUUUGAUCAAUACCUAAACUCCACAGGCCACCCUGAUCAGAAUGGACUGACCAUCUCCGGACACAUCCAGGUGACACCAGCAGCAUGCAGCUCCUCGGAAAACAGCCUGAUCUCGGUGCUGGCCGACGCGACAGCAGCUUAUUAUAACAACUAUGGCAUCUCUUAGACCAAACAAGGGGUACAAAACAUUCUACAUAAUUGGCGCGGCUGUCUAAACAGUGGGCACAGUAUUACUGCGGAAGGUGGUGCACGAGUUCAAGACGGUGCCAAUAAAAACAGGAGCACAGACUUGGCCGACGGACAACUCAGGGCUUGUACAGACGAAAACACGGCAACGUUCGUAAUUUAUAUGGCGUCCCAGUCGGUCACCAGACCAUUCAAGGCCUCUGCUUUCCAGACGUGGCUGUUCAGUCUUGCUUGUACAGAUGCUAUAAAGCUUAUUUAAAUAUGUCAGUGUUUUAUUAUCUUUGUCUCCAUGGCGCACUUCCUCCCUGACUGUUUCCUCUUGGAGAUUGGGCUUGUGUACCCGCACCCACCCCAUCCCACCCCAUCAUGUGGAUCGACGUCUCGAGAUGUUCCACAGCUCCGUUGUACCGGUUUGCAGAACUUAGCAUAACGGCACUCUAUUGAAUGUACACUAAUGCUCAUGAAGAAAUCACUUUGUACAGUUUUGAUAGCGUCCCCAUUGUCAUAGCAUCCAAAUAAUGUAUCUCUAAAAACAAAAGAAACAGGUUGUUGAUUUAGGUUGUGAAAUAAAUGUAAUUUAAAUAAAAUAUCGACUUUUA